AGAAGCUGGCUACACUGCUGGACUCGUCGAAGGCGAGUCGACUCGCCGAGCGUGUGCUCGAGCUGCUCGAUGGAGGUGGCAAGUCGAGUCAGCGAGGGUCUCGCAAGCGGCACCGCGAGUCUGCCGCCCCCGACACUGCAGCCCCCGCUGAGGCGGAAGACAUCGCCAAGAAGGCCAAGGCUGAGGCUGUGCAGAACUCAGCGGCGGCUGCUGCGGCAGCCCGAUUGACUGAGAUUCAGAUCAAAGACAUGAUGGCGCAUGCGCAGAAAAUGAUCGAAGAGAGAAAGAAGGCGCUGAGCGAGAUCCGGUCGAGUGAGGCGGCGGCCACCCGCUCAGAGUCGACCACCAAGAAGACCACCAUGUUGCCCCCGGCCGCCGCCCUGCCCUCACACGCGACGUCGCACCACGUCGACGAGAAGGCGCACAAAAUCGCUCAGUUGCAAGCGAAAAUCCAGUCGAAACUAGCGUCGGGUGUGUUGAAUAAUGCGAAGGAGAUGUUAUCAGGUAUCGCCACCCCCGCACCCAUUGACAAACCAACGCCUCUCAUUCUGGACAGCCAGGGCCGCACCGUUGAUAUCACCGGAAAAGAAAUUCAGCUAACUCACAUUGUGCCUACUCUCAAGGCUAACAUAAGAGCCAAGAAAAGAGAAGAGUUUAGGCAGCAGCUACAGGAGCGGACAGUCGAAGAUAUCUCGGAAAGCAAUUUCUUUGAUCCUCGUAUUGGCGCCAAAACAAAUAUCAGAAAUAAGCGGUCUCUAAGGUUUCACGAACCUGGAAAAUUUCAGCAAUUGGCUGAUAGAAUGCGAAUGAAGGCUCAACUAGAAAAACUUCAAAGUGAAAUCUCACAAAUAGCCAGGAAAACAGGAAUCACAUCAGCUACGAAAUUGGCACUUAUUGCUCCCAAAGUUGAGACACAAAUCGAUGAAAUUCCUGAUGUUGAAUGGUGGGACUCAGUGAUUCUAGAAAACGAGAGCUAUGAAGAAGGUGAAAAACACAUGUUAUUGAAGGAAGCUGCUAUUACUAAUCUUGUAGAACAUCCUACUCAAAUCAAAUCAGCAGCGGAAGCAGCAAAACCAACGUAUAUGCCUGUAUUUUUAACGAAAAAAGAAAGGAAGAAGCUGAGACGUCAGAAUAGGCGAGAGGCGUGGAAAGAAGAACAAGAGAAGAUACGUUUAGGAUUAGAACCGCCACCCGAACCAAAGCUGCGGAUAUCGAACCUGAUGCGAGUGCUGGGCACAGAGGCCGUUCAAGAUCCGACCAAGAUAGAGGCGCACGUGAGGGCGCAGAUGGCCAAGCGCAAGAAGGCCCACGAGGACGCCAAUGCCAGCAGGAAGCUCACCGACGAACAGCGCAGGGAGAAGAAGAUGCGCAAACUGCAGGAGGACACCAGCCUCGGUGUCUUUGUUGCUGUUUAUAGGGUUCGAGAACUAAAUAGUGCUUCGAAAAAGUUCAAAGUUGAAACGAAUGCCAAACAGCUGUUCAUGACCGGCGGUGUAGUCAUGUUCAAGGACUGCAAUGUAAUUGUGGUCGAGGGUGGAGUCAAACAACAGAAAAAGUUCAAAAGGUUGAUGAUGCAUAGGAUAAAGUGGGAAGAAGACACAGUGAAAAACUCAGAAGGAAAGGAGGAAACCAACAAAUGUGAUUUGAUUUGGGAAGGUACCACGCAGCAUCGCAACUUCGGCGAGAUGAAGUUCAAGGUUUGCGCCACCGAGAAGUUGGCUCGCGAACAGUUCCGGAAGCACGGAGUGGAACAGUACUGGGACUUGGCUUACAGUACUUCUGUGCUUGAAAAUCCCGAUGAUAAAUAGUGCAAAUUAGUUGAAAUUACUAGCAAUAAAUCACAGACAUUCUAUCUGUAAUUAUGAUGAUAAUUUUAUGUGACCUGACUGGCUCAGGUAUGGAUUUUCAAGUUUUAAUUAUUGUACAAAGUUGAUGGAUGAGUGAAAGUUGUGAGUUUAUGCUGUGUGUGUGUGUGUGUUUUUAUUUAUGUGAGUAUAUUGGUGAAUUAGAAAGAAGGCUCUUCAAGGCCUUUCAAGUGUCUUAAUAUUGUUUUUAGAUUCAAUAUAUUUUCGUUGGUGAGAUAUUGAAGUAGACGUUCUCGAGCUGGUCUCUUUUAAGCAAUAAUUGAAUCUUUUUUUUUUAAAUCAAAUUUAAUCUGAUACAAUUUAAUAUUGACGAAACAGAAUAAACCCCAUCAUUAAUUUUUUGAAUGUCCUCAAUACAACUGAAAUACUAUAAUUAUAAAAAUGCUGGGUUGCUCCAAGCGAGAUGCAAUGCAUAGUGCAAUGUAAUGCAAAGUAUGUACGCAGCUGCUGAUUAAAGGCUGGUCCAAUUUGGUGCAACUCAGCUUAUAAAUGAAUAAAUAGAUUACAUAUUGUAAUGAUUGGAAGAACAUUUUGUUUAAACUUGUUAUUGGUCUCGGGCCGUAUUUAUAAACCAUACUUAACCAAACACACUUCAAUAAGAACUAUUCUAGUUUGGUAACGACCAUAGUGAGAUAUAUAGACAAAUCCACAUAGGGGAGAUCCACUAUGCUAUUUAUAAGUAAUUCCGACAGUUUGUAACAUUGUUACAUUUGGAAGAGAGCUUCUAUCUUUAUCUGGAUAUUUGGAGAGGUAUGUUCAACGUUUUAACUUGGAUAUCAACGUUUAAUAUUAAUUUAACGUUAAUAAAUAACAUAUUAACGUUAAAUUUAUAUUAAUUAAUUUUAACGUUUCAACACGAAUAAUAAUCUAGAAUAUUGGUUGCUGGGGAGUAAAAGUCUGUUCGGCUGAGACAAUUCUUGAGAACUGCUUAUAAAUACGGCCUUACAAUCAAUAAGCUAAAUUGGACAUUUGAAAAUCACAAUUUGAACAAUAAUCUAUAAUUGAUAUGAAUGAAAAAUGUUUAUCAACGAAAGGUUUCAGUAGAUUCAAAUAAUAAUAAAUCAAGUUCAAUAUUAUAAUGAAUAAAUUAAAAGGUUCCCGUCAUAUCAUCCUAAGGAAAUAAAAUUUGGGAUUGAGUAUAUUAUUUUAUACCAUUGAUUAUAUAACAACAAGGUAUGUAAAUUACUUCAAACUCCAAUUGGUCAUUACUUUGAAUAAUAAAAACCUUAUCUAU